GAGCAGGCGGAAGUAAGGCUGAGAAGCGGCCGCGGCACCGAGCGGAGGAGGCAGCAGCCGGAGCGGGAGCCGGAACGGGGCGGGCACCAUGGCUGGUAUCACCACCAUCGAGGCGGUGAAGCGCAAGAUUCAGGUUCUGCAGCAGCAGGCCGAUGACGCCGAGGAGAGGGCCGAGCGUCUCCAGCGGGAGGUGGAGGGGGAGAAGCGGGCCCGGGAACAGGCUGAGGCUGAGGUGGCUUCCUUGAACCGUCGGAUCCAGCUGGUAGAGGAGGAGCUGGACCGUGCUCAGGAGCGCCUGGCAACAGCUCUGCAGAAGCUAGAGGAGGCAGAGAAGGCAGCUGAUGAGAGUGAGAGAGGUAUGAAGGUCAUUGAAAAUCGGGCCUUGAAGGAUGAAGAGAAGAUGGAGCUGCAAGAAAUCCAGCUGAAAGAGGCCAAACACAUUGCAGAGGAAGCAGACAGGAAGUACGAGGAGGUGGCCCGCAAGUUGGUGAUCAUUGAGGGGGACUUGGAGCGCACGGAGGAGCGGGCUGAGCUGGCUGAGUCUAAGUGUUCUGAGCUGGAGGAGGAGCUGAAGAAUGUCACCAACAACCUCAAAUCUCUUGAGGCUCAGGCGGAGAAGUAUUCUCAGAAAGAAGACAAAUAUGAGGAGGAGAUAAAGAUUCUUACCGAUAAACUCAAGGAGGCAGAGACCCGUGCUGAGUUUGCUGAGAGAUCGGUAGCCAAGCUGGAAAAGACAAUUGAUGACUUGGAAGAGCGUCUCUACAGCCAACUUGAGCGAAACCGCCUGCUCUCUAACGAGCUGAAGUUAACGCUGCAUGAUCUGUGUGACUGACGGGAAGGGGCUCACUAAUGCCCCUUAAACCAAGCUUACAGUUCAUUGGCCUGGACCCCAGCAAAAGCUGAUCAGUAUCCCCCUUAUCCCCUGGCUGAGCAAACUAACUACUGUUUAAUUGGGGCAGUUGAAAAAUAAUAUCUAGCAUUUAUAUAGCGCUUUAAGGUUUGCAAAGCACUUUACAAACAUUAUCUGAUUUUAUCCUUACAACAACCCUGGGAGGUAGGUGGUAUUAUCAUCCCCAUUUUACAGAUGAGGAAACUGAGGCAGAUGAAUGUUUAAGUGACUUGCCCAGGGUCACAUAGUUAGUAGAUAGAGAUCUGAGGCCGAUUUGAAUUCAGGUCUUCCUGACUCCAGGUCCAGUGCCCUAUCCACUGUGCCAUCUAGCUGCCUCUAAUACUUGAAGAAAAACAAACCCUUCUAAGGUAACCUUUCCAUGGCUGUAUAAAUCUUAAUCAAUACAUACAUUCCUUACCCUUUUUACACGAACUUACAGGGGGUGGGGUGGGACAUUGACUCCAAAUGAGACUAAAAGUUGGGAGGCCAGUAAGUCCAGGAGAAUUCAUCUCCUUGAUAUCUGUUUUCCCCUUAAAUACUACCUGUUCCUUUACUUGUAUGCUGAUUGUAGGAUAUGUUCCUUUUGCAUGGAUGGUUUAUAACAAUAAAAGGACUGAAUUGAUUGUACGGUGUAGCUAUGCUUCAUCUCUAGGCCCAGGCCUGGGCCAAUUCUGGCUGGAGUGAGACAGGGCAAAGAAAUUGGAUUGGGGAAAAAGAAUGGGGUAGGUUGUCCUGACUCUCAGCUGUCUUUACCGUUUUUGGGGACAUGUGAGGAUAUUAUCCUGUCCUUUUAACUGAAGGAGCCUGGAGGGUGGUUCACUUGGUGGGUUGGAGACUUCACUGAUUUCUGGUGCCUCUUGAUCUUAUUCCCUAAAUCACCCUUCCGCAUGUUAACAUUCCUCUGUGUAACUAACUCAGUCAUGGGCCAGACCUGCAUGACAGCUUCAGAAGAGUUGGUGCGGGGGAGGGGAAUGGCACUCAUUUUGUUCAGACAUCUUUUGGCCUGCUGAGCCUAGUUUAUGGAAGCAGUCUUAUGAUUCUCACCCCCACUCUCUGCUUUGACGAGCAGUUUAGCCUGAGUAGCCUCACCUUUUGGUAAUCUUCUCUUUAGCAGGAAUGUCAAGUACAUUCCUGCUACUGGAAAUGCUCUCAUCCUGGUUCAUAGUUCCAUAGUGAGACCAUCUAAUCCAACUCAGAGAAGGAAAUGGAGACCCAGAGGCUUGCGUAAGGUUGCAUAGGUAGUAAGUUAAAGAGUGGCCGUUUGAAUCUAGGACCUCUGUCUCCACACCCAGUAUCCUUUCUGUUGAAACAUACUGCUUUUUCCCAACUGAAAUCUCCUCUAUUUGGCGCUUGUUGUCCAAUCUUGUGGUUUGCUCACCACAGAGGUGAAUAGGGUUAAAUCUGCUACUGUAGUCUGAGCCGGGGUGGAGGUCGUAAGGUCAGGAAAUAACAAGAGUCUAAACUCCCUCCCACAGGAAGUACAGCAACACCUGUAGCUUCAGGAGGCAAAGGCCUGCAAAACCAAAUGAGGCAACAACAGCUUGCUUCCGGGGCUAUAAGAUUCUGUAACCGCCCCUCUAUAGGGAGCAAUUCUUAGAGUGUGGAUGGACUCGGAGCUUUGUUUCCUAGCCGUUGUAACCUCUUUCCCUUUGCUCCCAUUAGAUAAACUGAAAUGCACCAAAGAGGAGCACCUCUGCACACAAAGGAUGCUGGACCAGACUCUGCUUGACCUGAAUGAGAUGUAGAAACCCCUUUCCCCUCAGCCCCACCCUGUUGCUGCUCCUUCCACUGACUCUGACUUCGAUGGAGGCCAGCCUGCCUGAAGCUGACCUUUAAACUGAGGGCUGAUCUUUAACCUGAAGGCUGCUUUCUUCUCUGGGUCCUUGCUUACCCUCUCCCCACCCCACCCCUACCUCCAACUCUCCAUGUCAAGUUCACCAAACUGUCUCUGCAGCUCUCCCCUAGAGAUCCCAGAUGGACUAAGGGCUGAGCACUUUUGGGAACAACAUUUAAGGGAACACGAGCACAAUGCAAUAGUGUCUUUAAAAGCAUGUUGUAUGAUGUAUACAUUUUGUAAUUACCUUUUUUGUUGUUGUUGUUGUAGCAACCAUUUGUAAAACAUUCCAGAUAAUUCCCCAGCUCCUUGGCUGCAUCUAAUCCCUUUUCUUCCUUUUGGAUGGUAAAUCUUUCUACCUAAACAAUGCCCCUUCUCCACAGAAGAGGGAAAGAGGUGUUGGCCUGCCCUACUGAGAGCUGAACAUAGCUCAAGAAAAGACUCCACCAAGGGAAACCUCAAUGUUCUGUACCAAGCACCAGCCAAACCAGAAAGGUCAUUCCAGGAGGAAUUUGCCAAAAAUGAGUGCUAUUCAGGUUUUCAGUUUUAAGGUAUCUUGGGGUGUUUUUUUUUCCUUCCCCUUUUCUCUCUUUUAGACAUUUGCAUCAGUAGCAAACAAGCGAAUUACAUAGACAAGACCUCUCUGAGACCAAAUUGUCUUCCCUCUCCUCAUUCACUCGCAGAAUGGAUCAUGUGCCCCAGAAGUUGGAGUGUCUACUCCUAUCCCCACUUCACCUUCUUUGAAAAAUAACGUUUUUUGCCACUGAUUAGCCAAGUGAAAUUCAUCUCAUUACCCAUUCCUGGGUCUGAAGCUGCUGCCUCUAAAAGUGCCAUCUCAUUGUGCUUUAUAUCACUCAGUGCUGGAGAAAUCUUGAAUAGCUUGUGUACAAAACUUUUUUUAAAAUUUUAUAUAUAUUAUUUUAAACGCUUUUAUUUCUCUCAGGUGGGGAGCACCAGGACCAUCCCCACCCCACCCCACCUCCUCUCCCAUUUGGCUGUGAGUGCUCUCUGUCUGCAGUCCAUGGGCUGGCAGUGUGCUGAUCUUUUUUAAUUCCUUUUUUUUUUUUGGUCGAGGUUUCUGUGAGGUCUGUGUUAGGUUUGCAACGUGCAGCUCAUUGGCUUAAAUGUACUCUCCUUUGGUGUGGUCUAUUUGGGAGCCAAUCUGGAGAAAGAGGAACCAAUAGUGCAAGUGUUUUGAUACUGAAAAUUGACAAAAUGUCUUUUGAAAUAAAGAACCAGUCCCUCCA